CCUUGCCUAUUAGAAAUGGGCGAACCUGCAAAGCAGAUGUCAAGCGGUCAUGUAGGAAACGAGCCAAAUGAUAUGAAGGACCAAUCAACACCCAAAGGGACACAAAAGGGAUACAAGGAUAAGGAAAUCGCAUUUGAGGAAAUGAGCGGUGUGAUCAGCACCCCAAAGGAAGGAGCUGCCCCAUCACGCCAACAUGUACAGGUCGGUACGAACCAGUUUGGAAAUCGUCGACAAAAGACCUACGUUUGCAAAGACUGCGGAUACAGGACAGAUAGAAAGAACAGCUUAACCCGACAUAUGAGAAAGCAUACAGGUGAGAAACCCUACAGCUGUGAAGAGUGCGGGUUCAGGACAGCAUACAGAUGCAACCUGUCCCAGCAUAUGUUAAAACAUACGGAUAAGAAACCUUCCAACAGUGAUCAGGGUGACGUCACUACAUCCAGGAAAACUGAUCUUAAAUCGCACAGCGUUCGUUACAAAGAUAACAAAGCGUACGUGUGUGGAGAGUGUGGCUACAGGACGGCUAAAAUUUCAGCACUGUCUAAACAUAUGGGAAAGCAUGCAUCGGCGAAGCGCUUUAAAUGUAACCAGUGUGACUUUUCUACUGCUUACAAAUCCUGCCUAAACGGGCACAUGCGUAUGCACACUGGCGAUAAGCCCUACAUGUGUGGGGAGUGCGGGUACAGGGCGGCUCAGAGAACUUCUCUCGUGCAACAUAUGGCAAAACACACGGGAGAUAAACCUUACAAGUGCGACCAGUGCGACUACUCAGCUAGAUACAAAAGAAGUUUGGAUCAUCACAAGAAGAAGCAUAACACGUGCAGUGACAAACCCUACAAGUGCGGGGAUUGUGGCUACAUGGCCUCGAAGAUGUCUGAAUUAUUCAGACAUGUAUCAUUGCACACUGCAGAAAUACCUUACAAAUGUGAUCAGUGCGAUUAUACAUCCUCAACUAAAAAAGAUUUGGACCAGCACAUGGUCAAACACAACUACAUAGAAGGAAAACCCUACAUGUGUGGAGAGUGCGGGUUCAGGACAACUGAUGGAUCGUCUCUAUCCAAACACAGGAAAAUCCACACCAGGGCAAAAGUUUUCAAAUGUGACCAGUGCAAGUUUACAGCUGUUAGCAAACAAAGCUUAGACAGCCACUUGCUCAAACAUCUGAAGCCCUUCAUUUGUGGGGAAUGCGGGUACCGUACAGCUAAAAAGUCUAGACUAUCCCGACAUAUGAGAACUCACACUGGCGAAAAACCUGACAAGUGUUAUAAGUGUGAUAAGUGUGAUUAUUCAACUCCAUGGAAAAAGUGUUUAAACUUGCACGCACGAAAACACACUGAUGAGAAACGUUUAAAAUCAUUCGAGUGCGACUUGUGUGACUUCUCUACAGCAUACGAAAUUCACCUUAAGCAGCACAAGUUCACACAUACCGGAGAGAAGCCAUACAAGUGUAAGCAGUGUGACUUUUCUUCAGCUUGGAGAAAUAGUUUAGAGGACCACAUGCUUACCCACACCGGUGAGAAACCAUACAUGUGUGGGGAAUGCGGGUACAGGGCAACUACUAAGCGUCGCCUUACUGAACACAUGAGAAGUCACACAGGUGAAAAACCCUACAAGUGUGACCAAUGUGACUUUUCUACUGCCCGAAAAAACAGUCUAGUCAGCCACAUCCUCACACACACGGGCGAGAAACGCUACUCCUGUGAGGUGUGUGGGUAUAAGGCAAGUAGGAAGGGCCACCUAGUACGACAUAUGGCCAAACAUAGUGGUGCAAGGCCAUACAAGUGCGACUUCUGUGACUUUUCGUCUGCAAGAAAAGACAAUCUGAAUCAACACAUGGCUAAGCACACCAACCAGAAACUCUACAAAUGUGACCGCUGUGGAUACUCUACUGCACGGAAGCACAAUUUAAUCAAGCAUUUGAAUAAGCACAAUGAUAACCAAGUCGACGGUUGAAGGCAAUGUACAUAGAUAACGUUGCAAAGUUGUUGUUUUUUUUGUUAUUGUCGUUCAUAGCGGUAAUUUGUUAUAGCUUAGUAAAUGGCAAAAUAAAUCUAUGACAAAAUUUGU